GACACCGCUGCUGCUGCUGCUGCCACAAGCAGCUCCGGAGAGGAGGCUCCACUAAAUAUAUUCACCCAUUGACAGACUCUGAGAAGCAGGGCACAUGCUGGCAGGUAUUGAUAGCAACAACAACAGAAGCAACCCCACUGGCAUUGACGGCACUAGAGGCAACCAUAGAGAAACCCCCUGUAGCAUCAUAAGCGCCAGAAGCAACUAUCGGACGCACGCUGAGAGGACUGCCGACGACAGGCAGCCUUUCUAGCGACGUUACCCGCCAACAACAGCUCGAAGAUGGGCUGCUCUUCAGGUCGCCAAACCCCGGCGCCGGUACUUCACCCGGACUUGGACUGUGGGAACGGCAGCGAGGCCAACAGCUUACCGCAGGACUCUGAGAACCAGAAUCAAGCUUUGAAUGGCUUCAGGGAAGGAGAACCCAGACUUCCAGAGACUCUCCCCACGCUGGAGAGACUUGCCCAGGCUACAGGCGGGACAGAAAAGUCCUGGUACCGUUGUGUGUUCCCGUUCGGCGUGAUUUCGCUGGUGAUCGGCAUGGCGGGCACCGGGGUGACGUUCACUUUUAACACGCUGCUCCAGACCAAAGUGGUGUCGGUGGCUCUGCUGUGUGCGGGCGUAGUGAUGCUGAUCGUGGCGGCCGUCUGCUGGAGGGCCCACAGACUGAGGAAGAGGAAAAAGAAGGAGAGUGGAUUCUUCACCGCUGAUCAGGGCACUUUGUGAUGGAGGGUGGACUUCCCGUCAGAUCCUUUUCUUUGUCAGGACGGAGCACUUCAAGUUGGACUGUUUGAAAGAAUUUGAUGUAGAGAAAUCAAUGCUUUUCUGCUAUGCACUAGCACAGUGAUAAAGAGGGUAGAAGAGAUUAAUUGUACAGGAAACAUUGUGUGAGGGAAACUUUUUGAUGGCGUUGACACAGACAGGAAUAUGUUUAUUCAGAAAAGGCAAGUUUACCAUCAUUACGAUCUUGAAGAGAAACAAAGUGUUGUGUCUCGAUGGUAACCCUAACCCUGCAUUUAAAAACUCAUAAAACUCUAUUCUAAUCAUAAAGAUUCAAAACCAAUGCCUAACCUUUAACAUUCUUGCAAAAUCAAAGGUUACCACCUAGACAUGAUUGAUUGCCAGGGUCAAUUGUACGCCCCUUCUCCUGUUCUGCCUUCGUCUUUAUGGAUUAACUUUAAUAUUGAGUGGAGCCCAAAGCACAUUAUAAAUUAUCGCUCCGAGGAUUCUUGUGUCAGAACAAUGUGGCACCUCAGGAAUAGUUAUAUACCAAUGGUUAUUUAUCUGCAGCCAAAGCAAAAUACGCCUAUGUUUUGCUGGUUAAACUGGGCAAUUGGCAUAUAUGGGGACAUCGUUUUUCCAACCAAGGUUAUCAUAAUAGUAAAAAGAGCUCAGGACCACAAGUUCAUUCUGAUAAAACCCAGCCUGGAUGUAGAGGAUUUUCCUUCCCUGCACAAACCACAGUCUAGUUGCCCUUUUGCACGUAGGCCACUUAUUCUCUAUCUCCUUCAGUGCACUCACUAGUUGAAAGUGCAGGCAAAAAUAACUCUAGAAACAGCUAGCACACUCAGAGUGAAUAAUUCUACACAUGCACUCUCUCAUUUAUGUUUCCACCUGCACUCCAAUUUUGUAUUACGAGACACAAAGGUCAACACUUUUCUUUUCCUUCCUGCCACCAAGCUUUGUGGCGCAAAAACCACAACCCAGCUGUGCCAGAUCAAUAGAAAAGUCCAUGGAGUCUUAAGCUUCAGAGGUAAUGGACUGUAUUUUUAGUCGCUGCACAUGAAAUUGCUCUCCACAGUCUUGGACCUGACGUCGAUGACUUGUACGUUGGAUGACAAGGAAAUCCCAUUAAAGGCAUGCUUCAGUGAACACACACCAACAAAGAAACAGAAUGGCCUGUAUACGCUUUCCCCAGCUAACCAGAGGGAACCCCACUUGACAUUUCCCUGUGAGCAUUGAGGGAAAAUCCGUUUAUUUCUUCUUUUUAUCGGCUGCUCUCCCGUGAAGGAUUUACACUUUAGUUUAUAUAGGCGACUGGAUAUGAGAAAUAGGCAUUGAGUUAAAUCCUAGCCGGGUGCAGGGAGGAUUAACUUGUCAUUCCUCAUCUUCGAGGUUAGCUGUAUCACAGAGUGGUAGCUAUUGUGUCUUAAUGCCUUUGUCCUGGAUAUUGUCCUUUCUUGAACACCAUACACUAGAAUCAGAUGACUGUAAAGAUCAAUAUCAAUGUGUUUUGAAGCAACUAUAGCUAUCAGAUGGUUCUUUGUAAAGCAAAAACGUAGUUGUGGAUACAAAAUGUAGCAGUGUGUUACCCACAGUAACUAUGAUGUGUACGGUCUUUAGCACCAGGUGAGUGUUAAAGAAAACCCAGCAGCUUAUUGUCAGCUCUAGCGAUGUAUUUGUAUUUGUUGAUGAUAUUUGAUUUCUAUCUCUUUGAUAAACUGUUUACUGGA